UUACCUGCACUGCAGCGUUUCUUCAGCCCUCACCGCUGAAUCCUUUUCUGCUGUGUGUCUUCCACGGCUCCACUGAGGCAUCACCAUCCUCUGUGGACAGGUAUGCAACAUGAGGGCUUUCUGAAGAGCAACUGCAGCCCACCUCCAACUGAUGAAGACGCAGCGGUAAGCCGAAAAAAAAGAGAAGGAGAAAUCGGUGCCACCAGCAGCGAAGAUCUGGUUAAGUGUUUCAUGCCAGGGGAGAGAAAUCCGUGCGUCCGCGUGUCCUUGCACCACGGGGACAUGUGCUAAGUAACGGAGGAGGUGGACGUAAACAUGCAAUAAGUGACAGCGGAAACCAGGUAGCCUACUACGCAAGAGCGCUCCCUCCGGACCUCCUCACUGAACUUUACCCGCUGAGCUUUGACGCGAUGGCUGCUGCUGCUGCUGCUGGUGGUGCUCUGGGGGAAGUUGGAGGCGUCUUGCACGGCAUCGAUGGUGUCGCACACGUCGGGUCCCAUUUCUUCUUGACCCCUCUUGGGGACAGUCCGACGCUGCUGGGGGAGCACCUCAUACCUGGGGACAGGCUCUCACGGAGCACCACGGCGGAUUUAACGCACCUCAAAGGGAUUCUCAGGAGGAGACAGUUAUACUGCAGAACUGGAUUUCAUCUGGAAAUACUUCCGGAUGGCACAGUGCAAGGGACGAGGAAGGACCACAGUCGUUUUGGUAUUUUGGAAUUCAUAAGCCUUGCAGUUGGGUUGAUAAGCAUUAGAGGGGUGGACAGUGGACUCUAUCUGGGGAUGAACGACAAAGGAGAGCUGUAUGGCUCUGAGAAGCUCACAGCUGAAUGUGUCUUCAGGGAGCAGUUUGAGGAGAACUGGUACAACACGUACUCCUCCAACCUCUACAAGCAUGGAGACAAAGGGACGCGUUAUUUUGUGGCAUUAAAUAAAGACGGGACACCAAGAGAUGGGACUAAAUCCAGGCGGCAUCAGAAAUUUACACACUUCUUGCCCAGGCCUGUGGACCCUGACCGUGUGCCUGAGCUGUACAGGGAUAUCCUGGGACACAGCUGAGACCUGGAGGCCUGGUGCAGAUAAGGAAUAGCUGCUAAAACCCUCUCAGGCAGGGAGCAGAGAAGAGAAAGAGGGACGCAGGCAGGGAUGUGGCCGGUGCAGGCUGGUGGACAGCAGCCCCGACCGGCAGGGAUAAAGGUACCAGGGCCUCUUGUAGGAAUGCACGGGCCAUCUCUCAGCAGCCAGGAAGACAGGCUAGAAUGUCUGCACGCUCGGCAUGAGGGGGUUGUUUGUUUCAGAGGCCGUACAACCCUAAGAAGUACCUGCGUGGAAUAGGAGACGAACGGGAAACAGAGCUGAAUGGUCAGGGAGUGUCUCUCUGUCUGUUGGACAGAGACGUCAGUUGAUGUGGAGGCCGUGGGAAUCUGUAGUAUCAGAGGAUGGUACUUUUAAUUUUGGUGUCAGAGAGCCGCAGUUUGUUCAGAAGGACUUUGAAGGAAUUCAUUUUUUUUCUUUUCUUACCUGUGUCUGGACCUGUUUAAAAAGAGCAAAGUGUAACAAUUUAUUUAUUCCUUUUAGAUACAUAUAUUUAUGUUAUAUAUUUAUUUAUUUCAGAAUAUAUUUUUACAGUUAGAUACACACAAUAUAGAAAAAACCACUAGAAACUGUAUCAGUUAUAUAAAGACUGAGACACUGUACCGUUAUGUCUUUUAUUUUGAAAAAAAAAAAAGCUCAGCCGGUGAUAUGCUGCAACAUGGCCAAAAAUAUCACACGAAUCAGCAAAAUUUGGAAAAGAUCCCCCACAUCUGAAAUGCAUUUAAUCACAACAAGAUUACUGUGAAUCAAGUUUUAAAUCUUUGUCUUUUUGACAUGGUGAUUAUAACCAAACUACUGUUACAUGUGUUAUAGGCAGAAUCUGCAGUUAACAUACUGACAAUACAAACAAUAAAUUGCUCAAAAUGUGAUUGAAAAGCUUUUUUAUUGUCAGCCCACAUAAUCAGCGAUGAAGGUGCUUUGUUAGUUGCUCACUAUGUGUCCACUCACGACCAGUGCUCCUUUAAAUAACCCACAUUUUUACUUUUAACAGCCCAAUAUUUGAAAAGAGGUGUACUUUCCUGGUUGCCUUCUGUCUUUCAGAGUUUAAACAUAUAAACCUGCUUACGAGAUCAAUGUUGUCUUUCUUUAUGGACACCAUUAUGCCGAGGGAUGAGUCGUAGACCUGAUGCACGCAUAAAACUUCAAAGCGUCCCUCCUGAACGCUGUGAACGCAGAGGCUCCACAACAACACCAUC